AUGUCUGAUCAGAUCUUGCUUGUCGGCACUGCGAGUCCUCAAGUGAGGGAGCCAUUGAAUCCUGAUGCGACCGUCACUGGUCCUCAGAGUUCUCCCUGUGCACUCUUCCCUGGGCGAUGGCAUCAGAUUCAGUGGCUCCUCCUGAAUCUGCUUCUAUACACCCAGCUGCCUCCGGGGCGGCUGCGAUGUCCCCCUGCAUCAAAGAUUGCACCUGCCAACUCGCUUCCUCCUCCUCUUCUCCGGAAUGACCCUGACCCCACUCACCCCACUAGCAGCCUGAGGGGCAUCCCUGACUCCUGGGUAGUAUCCCCUUCGAGGGAGUCAGUUUCUAUAUUCCAGAUUAAUUCAAAGAAGGAAUGUCAAGUUGACCUGGAGUUCACCACAGAGCACUACAACCCAGAGGAAGGCGAGGAACGUUUGGGGAAAUGUUCCGCUCAAGUAUUUUUCAAGAAUGAGAAACCCAGGCCCACCAUCAAUGUCACCUGUAUGCGGUUCAUGGAGAAGAGCAAAAGACAGCAAGAGGAUUACCUGCUCUACAAGCACAUGAAGCAGCUCAAAGACCCCUUGGAUGUCAUCAGCAUACCUGACAGUCAUGGACAUAUUGAUCCCUCGCUCAGACCCAUCUGGGACUUAGCUUUCCUUGGCAGCUCUUACGUGAUGUGGGAGAAGACAACGCAGUUCUUACACUACUACAUGGCCCAGCUCAGCAGUGUGAAGCAGUGGAAAACAGAUGAGGAUGCCAUUGAUUUUGACUAUACGGUCCUACUCCAUGAAUUCUCAACACAGGAAAUCAUUCCCUGUCGUAUUCACUUGGUCUGGCACCCGAGCAAACCCCUUAAAGUGAAGUACCACUGUCAGGGGCCGCAGGCACCAGAGGAAGCCUCUGGAAUUGAAGGAUCAGCUGCAGCACCGACGAUGGGACUUACCAAUUACUGAAAAGGAAAGAAGAAGACCUGCUGUCCCAAAUGCUAAACACAAUGACUGUACAAAGUAGCCUAAGACAUUAUUCUAGUAAAAUAGUCAGUGUCUAAGGCAUCCUAAUAAUUCGGAAAGCCUGCGAUGCUCAACAAUGAAAAGAUACUGGGUUUUUUAAAAGAUAAUAUAUUUCAAUGAAAGCCAAUUGUAGUGAAAAUAUUAUCUGUUUAAAAGGAAUUAUACUAUUUUUAUGAUUUUAAGCAAGUAUUCUUUUAUAACUUGAUAGCUACUUUUAAAUAAAUAUUACAUUUCUAAAUCAACUGUGUUAAGUAUGUUUGUAGAGAUUUGUAGGCAAAUUCUGUGCUAAGAGGGAUUUAAAUGAACUCUUAAUAUUGCUUAAUUCAUAUUUUACAAAUAAAAAUAGAGCGUCUCACAGA